CGGAGGCCAGAGGUCAGAGGUUGUGAAGGCAUCAUGGCGGCGCUGUGUCGGACUCGUGCCGUGGCGGCGGAGAAUCCUUUACUGCGAGUGUUUCUCUUCUCUAGGCGCUUUCGAAGCUCGGGCACUGAGAGUGGCUCCGAGAGCGGGAAUUCUGACUCCUCAGAGCCUAAGACGCGCCCAGGGGGCUUCGCGAGCGCGCUGGAGCGGCACUCGGAGUUCCAGCGGAAGGCGGAGCUCGGGCGGGAGUCUCCAAAAGAUGUGGAAUCCUUUGCAUCCAUGUUGAGACACUCUCCUCUUAUACAGAUGGGACCUGCCAAGGAUAAACUGGUCAUUGGAAGAAUCUUUCAUGUUGUGGAGAAUGAUCUUUACAUAGAUUUUGGUGCCAAGUUUCACUGUGUAUGUAAAAGACCAGAAGUGGAUGGAGAGAAAUACCAGAAAGGAACCAGGGUCCGACUGCGGCUCUUAGAUCUUGAGCUCACUUCUAGGUUCCUGGGAGCAACCACAGACACAACUAUCCUGGAGGCGGAUGCAGUUCUCUUAGGACUCCAGGACAGCAGAGACCCAAAACCUAAAGUGGAACAUGAAAACGAAAUUAACUUUGCUUAGUACAUUCACACCUUCUUUGUUGAACCCAAAUUUUUAGCAAGAAUGUGAUUAGAAAAUUAUGAAUAAAUAAUUGCAGGGGAUGUAAUAAAUGAAAACUGUAAUGAUA